UUAUCUAAUAAUAAUAGUCGUACAACCGGCGACUGUUACAAGUGUAAUGUCUUAUAUCAUGACGUUGCAGACUAUCCCAACUACAUGUUGACAAAGAGCAAAACAAUGUCCCAACUAUAAGUUAGAAUCUUCCUCCACUUUGAAAUUAGAGUAACAAGGAGAGGCAAAGUACUAUAUAUAGCCUAAACAACCUUAGAUCUUCCUCAAAUCGGAGAUGGGAGAAGAGUACUUUGUAGAAACAGAGAAGACGAAAUUGCAAGAAAAAGAGGAGUUAUCACAAAUCCACUUUGUUUUAGUCCAUGGAAUUAGUGGAGGAGGCUGGUGUUGGUACAAAAUCAAGUCUCUUAUGGAGAUUUCCGGCUAUAAAGUGACAUGUCUUGACCUUAAAGGUGCUGGAAUUCAUCCUGCUGAUCCCACAACUGUUCUUUCCUUCGAUGAUUACAAUGAGCCUCUCAUAGAUUUCUUGUCAUCUUUGCCUGAAAAUGAACAGGUAAUUCUGGUAGGACACAGCGCUGGAGGACUGAGUGUCACGGAUGCAACUCAUAAAUUCCCAAAGAAAGUAAGGCUGGCAGUGUAUGUAGCAGCGACCAUGUUAAGAACUGGAUUUGUGACUGAACAAGACGUUAAAGAUGGCAUCCCAGAUUUAUCAGAGUUUGGUGAACCAAUUGAUGUAUAUGAUAUGGGGUUUGGAUUAGGACCCGAACAACCUCCAAGCAGUGCAGUCAUUAAGAGAAGUUUACAACGCAAAAUCAUUUACCAGAUGAGCCCACUAGAGGAUUCAACAUUAGCAGCUAUGUUAUUGCGUCCUGGACCGAUACAAGCAUUAAAAAGUGCUCAAUUUAAAGAAGGGGAAGGCGCAGAGGAAGUGCCUCGAAUAUACAUUAGAACAGCGUAUGAUCGAGUUGUGAAGCCAGAGCAGCAAGAUGCUAUGAUCAAAAAAUGGCCUCCACAGAAUGUGUACACUUUGGAAAGUGAUCACAGUCCUUUCUUCUCUGCUCCAUUCCUGCUAUUUGGCUUGAUUAUUAAGGCUGCUUCUUCACUUGGGUGCAGUGAUUGAGAUAGUCUCAUAUCCAACAUGUACAUAGUAUACUGUGGGAUUUAUUCUCUAGUCCCUAAGUAUUGAAUUGGACAACUGAAAGACAAUAAAUAUUGCAGCAUAUGGCGACUCUGAAGUGUCAAUGUGGUUAUUACUGGGAUAUAUACAAUGAUAAACAUGUGUAGUUAAGUCAUAUUCCAAGAAAGUGCUCAAGUUAAAUGUA